AUGGCAGGUGCGUCAGGGAUCAGGGAUGGGGGUGGAUGGCAUGUGGGCUCACUCACGUUCCAUCCUCAUGUGCGUAGGCAUGGGGGCGUGCGCUGCACUGCAUCGCUCCAGCUGGCGGCGUUGGAGCCGCUGCCAGUGGCGGUGGUGAUUGGGCCCGCAAGGCGAACCCGGCACCUCUGCCCAAACAACCCCUUCUCCCCUCCAACCCCACCUUCUCUCCCUCCUCCCCCAGCGCUCCAGCUGGCGGCCAUGGAGCCGCUGCCAGUGGCGGUGGUGCUAGCCUCAAUGGAUCCUAUGCCCGUGGCGGUGGUGGGACCGCGCAACUCGGACCAGGCCGCGCUGGUCAGCCCCCUGGCGUCGUUCGCUCAGGUGGGCAGGGAUGCGCGGAUGGGGUUAGGGAUGCGCGGAUGGGGCCAGGGAUGGGCGGAUGGGGCCAGGGAUGCGCGGAUGGGGGCAGGGAUGCGCGGAUGGGGCCAGGGAUGCGCGGAUGGGGCCAGGGAUGCGCGGAUGGGGCCAGGGAUGCGCGGAUGGGGCCAGGGAUGCGCGGAUGGGGGCAGGGAUGCGCGGAUGGGGGCAGGGAUGCGCGGAUGGGGGCAGGGAUGCACGGAUGGGUGCAGGGAUGCGCGGAUGGGGGCAGGGAUGCGCGGAUGGGGGCAGGGAUGCGCGGAUGGGGGCAGGGAUGCGCGGAUGGGGGCAGCGAUGCGCGGAUGGGGGCAGGGAUGCGCGGAUGGGGGCAGCGAUGCGCCGAUGGGGGCUCCGAUCCCCUUUGUGUCGCCGUCCGCCACGGACGUGCGGCUGACAGCGGGCGGUGACCGGCCGUACUUCAUGCGAACCAUUCACAACGACGGCAUGGACAUGCGUGCCAUAGCUGAGUUCCUGGCGUUCAACAAGUGGAGCGAGGUGAUCGUCAUUCACAGCGACAACCGCUUCGGCCGCAACGGCAUCGCGUCACUCAACGGCUAUCUCUCCGUACAGGAGCAAUGGAAGGUCAGGAUCGCGACACGUGUGCCGAUCAAGACAACAUGGUCGGUGGCGGAUACAGCAGCAGCUCUGGCGGCGGUGGAGCGGCUGGAUCCGGCGGUCUUUGUGGUCCAUGCCGCUGCUGCCCUCUGCGCCGUCAUCUUCUCUGCUGCGAAUCAGAUGCAGCUGGUGGGGAAGAACUCGGUGUGGGUGGCAUCGGAAGGAGGGGCACUUGUCAAUUCCACCAUGCUGCAGAACGUUGAGGGCAUGGUUAUCACUUCGACCUAUCUCCCUCCAUCUCCGCGUCUCACCUCGUUUCGGGAGAAUUGGGCCAACCUGAACCCCAUACGCUUCCCCAACGCUAGCAAGGAGGAGCCCAAGUCGUACACAUUAGCAGCAUACGACGCCACGUAUCUCAUAGCCUGGGGGCUGCACUCCCUGCUCUAUGGCAACCACAGCACUGCCGCCACUGCCAGCACCACCAGCAGCAGCAGCAGCGGCAGCAGCAGCAGCAGCGGCAGCCUCACACAGUGCAAUGCUGACCCUUCAUCCCCUUCUCAAUCACCCCCCUCUCACUCACCCAUACAUCACCCACACCCGCCACUAUCACCCCCUUUUCACCCACACCCGCCACUAUCACCCCCUUCUCACCCACUCCCGCCCCAUGCACCCCCACCUGCCAUAAACUCACCCCUCUGGCCGGGAACGGUGCGCGCCGCCGCCGCCGCUGCCGCUGGUGCUGCUGCUGCUGGUGCUGCUGCUGGGGUUGGCUUGCAACUUCCCCUAUUGCCUUGCCUCCUCUCGUUGUCUCGUGGUGUUCCACCCCUCUCCUUACCUUCCUCCUUGUCUCCCCGGCCUUUCUCCGCUCCACAACUCCUCUCUCCCUGCUCGUUCACGUGUGCAGUGGGCCCCAUGCUUCGCCAAGCCAUGCUGUCAGCCACCUUCGAUGGGGUUCGGGGCAGGAUCUCACUCAACUCGCACGGAGACCUGCAGUCCAACGUGACUCGCAUCCUCAACGUGCGCAACGGCACCGCCGUGGAAGUCGGCUUCUGGACCUCCUCGCUGCUCCUCACGCCCUCCCUCGACGUACGCACACCCCUCAUUGCACCCCCAUUUCCUCCCAAGCUACAUCUUGAGAAGGCUCCAGUGGCCUCUUUUGUGUGCUGCGCCUUCCCACGCCGCAAGCUGCUGCUAGCCGUUCCCUACAAGAAAGGCUUCCAGCAGUUUGUCAACAUCACUCGCACCUCCUCCUCCUCCGCCUCCUCCUCCUCCUCCUCCUCAUACUCCUUCUCGGGAUUCACAGUGGAGUUGCUGCGUCUAGCACUGAGCAAGAUGCCGUACCAAGCAGACUAUGAGCUCGUGCCGUUCGGGGGGGAUGGCGGCAGCGGUGACGGAAACGCUCUGGUGGGAUACGAUGACAUGCUGCAGGCCGUGGCAGAUGAGGUAAUGGCUGGUCGUGAGGCAUCAGCAGUGAGUGUGAUCGCGUACGUGCCGCCCUCCAACAGUUGGUGGAUGGCACUCGCGCCCUUCACGUUCCUUCACCACUUUCCAUCCCACUUCACCCCCCUCCAACUUCCUCCUAUCCCUCACCACCCCUCCCACCCCUCCCAGGCAUCAGCAGAAUGUGAUCGCCUACGUGCCGCCCUCCAGCAGCUAGUAGAUGGCAGUUGCACCCUUCACUUCACCCCCAUCCUUGUCUCUCCUCCACCCACCUUCAACCCAUUUCAACCCCGCUUUCUUCCUCUCCAAUCCCUCACCACCCCUCUCCAUCCCUCCCAGGCAUCAGCAGUGAGUGUGAUCGCAUACGUGCCGCCCUCCAGCAGCUGGUGGAUGGCACUCGCGCCCUUCACGCCCUCCAUGUGGGCGGCGUUUCUCGGCAUGACUUUAGCCACGGGGCUCAUCACGGUGUUUCUCGAGUGCCGCCAGAACUGGGAGUUCCAAGGGAAGCUGCACGAGCUGCUGCAGCACGCGCUCUGGUUCGGCUACCUCUCUAUCUUCUCCUUCCUUGACUGCGUGGAUAGUGGUGUCGCUGUGGCUGCUGGUAACCUUCUCAUGCUCAUCUCCCACCUCUCCCAUACACCCCUUCCCCCCCAGUUCCCAUGUUCUUCUCCUGUUCCCUUCUCCCAGAGAAGCUGGAUCGUGCUGGCGCUCUGGCUGCUGGUGACCUUCGUUGUAGUCACGUCGUUCACAGCCAACAUGACGUCUAUAAUCACGGUCAACAUGCUCACAGUGCCCUCGCUGGACGUCAACAGUGUGAUCAAUGCCAACAACCCGAUUGCUUACCAGGCGGGCUCAUUCAUCGAAGGCUAUCUCACGCAGCUGGGCGUGCAGAAGCACAACAUGGUACCGCUGAGCAGUGCGGAGGAGUACAGCAGUGCGCUGGUGACUGGGAGGCCGAGGGCGAUGGUGGUGCACAACAUGGUACCGCUGAGCAGCGCGGAGGAGUACAGCAGUGCGCUGGUGACUGGGAGGGUGAAAGUGGUGGUGGAUGAGGACCCUUACCUGGACCUGCUGAGAACAAACCACUGCAGCAUGGCGCAAGUCAAACAACCUUACUCCUUCCUCAGCAUGUCAUUCGCCUUCCAGAAGGGAUCGCAGCUCCUCAGAGACAUCUCAGCUGCGAUUCUCCACCUGACCAUGACAGGCGAGCUGGACCAGCUGCAGCAGGACUACCUGCUGAGAGGCACCAGGCAGUACCUGCUAGGAGGCCCCAGAGAAGACAUCUCAGCUGCGAUUCUCCACCUCACCAUGACAGGCGAGCUGGACCAGCUGCAGCAGGACUACCUGCUGGAAGGCACCAGGCAGUGCCCUGACACGCUCAUGCGCCCCGGCGGCGAGCUGGACCAGCUUCAGCAGGACUACCUGCUGGGAGGCACCAGGCUAUGUCCCGACACGCUCAUGCCCGAAGCCCCGGCGGUGCUGGCGAAUGAGAACUUCUGGGGGCUGUUUGUGGGGUAUGCUGUGGUGUCUCUCUCGUGCUGCCUGCUGUAUGUCGGGCUGCUGGUGUUCCGCGGCGCCAUGGUGGCCAGGGAGCUGUCACGGCAGCAAGCCAAGUCAUACAACGCCGACAUGGCAGAAUUUGUCCCCACAGAAGCAGCAGAUCAGGCUGCACACAUGACGCCUCAAAGGUUUCUCACACUCUGCUUUACCCCCUCUUUCUCCUGUCGCAGGGAGCUGUCACGGCAGCAAGCCUAG